GCCAUCUUAGUCGCGGUAUGUGGCAAGCACAAUAUGUUUCCCCGUCAAACCCUUCCCCGGGUCCUGAAGGCUCACGAGAUCGUUCCAACCAUGCAACGCAUCAUCGCCCAGCAAAACGACGUCCGAGAUGAGAUCCUUCAUACUGUGACCCCCAUCACUGCCACUUUCGACACCGUUCUCCGUCCCUGGGCCGAUGUCGAGAAUCUCGUGCAAGGUGAACUAGGCAUGAUCUACAUGCUUCAGUACGGCUCUCCUGACAUGGCUACUCAAAACGCAUUUAUGCAAGCUCGCCAGCUUCUCCUCGCAGCAGAAUCAGAAUGGGCCUCCAGCGAAGAGUUCUAUUGUCUAGUCCAAGCCGUUCAUGAUAGAAAAGAAGAACUGGACGCCGAGGCAGCGCUUUUUUUAAAGGAAGAGUUGCUGGUGUACAAACGAGCUGGGUGGGGUGUCCUGAGUGCUGCUCAGCGAGAGCAAUACCUGCAAGUCAAGCGGGAAAUAUCCAAGUUGGAGAGCGCAUUCAAUCGCAAUCUCGCCCAGGAGAACGGCGGGGUGUGGUUUGCCGAGUCGGAACUGGACGGUAUCCCGGCUGAUGAUAUCGCCAAGUGGAAGACUAUGGUCAAAGCAGAAACUUCAGGUCAAGAGAAGAAUGUGUUCGCACCAUUUGCCAAUGGGGGUAUGUUGACUGUUAGAACAUUGGCGAAGAAUCCCAACACACGUAAGAAGAUGUACUUGAAGAACAACCAGAAGCUGGCGGUCAAUGGGCCUAUCUUCGAGGAGAUCAUCGCGCGACGGACUUCGCAGGCGCAGUUUCUGGGAUACCCUUCACAUGCCGCCCUUGUCUUGGAAAGCAGGAUAGCAAAGACACCACAAUGGGUGGAGAGCUUCUUGAGUCAGAUACGGGAUGAUUUGGUGGCUCGGGGAAAGGCAGAAGUUGAAGUUUUGCAGAAACACAGACUCCAGGAUCAACAAGCACAGGGCCAUACAGUGAAGGAUAAUUUUCCGGCAUGGGAUCAGAUGUACUACCAGCGUCUGGUCGAGAAGGAGUUCAAUAUCGACCACAUCCACAUCGCCGAGUUCUUCCCAUUGGAGAGCACCGCGACGGCUAUGCUUGGGAUCUUUGCGUCUCUGCUGGGAUUACGUUUCGAUGCCAUCACUGCAGAUACUGGCCAGCUCUGGCAUGAAAGUGUCCAAGUAUUUUCCGUCUGGGACGAACGUACUUCUGAAUUCGUUGGACACCUUUAUUUCGAUCUAUUGUGGCGAGAGAAUAAGUAUCGAGGAAACCAGAAUGUGACUAUUGAGGCGGGAUUCACCAAGCCAGACGGCAGCAGAUACUAUCCUUCCACCAUCCUCAUGUGCUCUUUUCCCACCCCAACGCCAGACAGCUGUGCUCUACUUAAGCAUCAUCAGGUGAUAACCUUGUUUCACGAACUUGGUCACGGAAUCCACAACCUCCUCUCCAAAACCAAAUACAUCCGCUUCCAUGGCGUUAAUCUCCCCCGCGACUUAUCCGAGAUGCCCAGCACCAAGCUCGAGAACUGGUGUUGGCUGCCCGAGGUGUUAAAGAGCAUAAGCUGUCAUUACACUACAAUAGACCCAAAUUACCUUACCAAAUGGCGAAGCCAGAACCCUGACCUGCCUGAUCCACCGGAGAAGAUUCCUGACGAGUUGGUGGAGAACCUGGUUAAGCAUCGCUAUUGGGGACGGGGCCUUUAUCAUCUGGAGCAACUAACAACCUCCCUCUUCGACCUCCAAAUCCACUCCCUACAAACCCCUCAGGACCUGGCAUCCCUCAACAUCCAAAAACUCUGGUACGACCUCCGCCAGCAGCUCGAAGGCAUGGACUUCUCUGAAUGCCGAGACGGCUUCGAUUACUGUUCCUUUACUCAUCUAUGCGCUGGGUAUGAUGCGGGUUAUUAUUCUUAUCUAUGUUGCGCCGCCUUUGCCGAAGACGUUUUCGCGACUAAAUUCGCCCAGGACCCCUUCAAUCGAAGCACGUGGGAUGAGUAUCGGCGGGAGUUUUUGCAGAUUGGUGGAGGUCAUGGGGAUAUGCUGGGCUUGUUGACGCGGUACUUGGGCCGGGAGCCCAACUCAAGGGCCUUAGUGGAUCGGUUGAUGGGGCGGCGGCUGUGCUAUAGGUUGGGAUGACUCCAGAUUACUGUCUGCCCGAUGGCCGCUAUAGCCCGCCUACUACUGGUUUGGGUGUAGGUAAAGUUGAGGGCGACAAAACAUAGAUAGCCAACUUCUAUAGUAAAGUAUCAACCGGCACACUCAUCCGU